AGUGCUGCUGUCUCUAUGGAAUUCUGUUUGAGAUUUAAAAAAAAGUGCAUCCUGAUUCAAACUAUGACUUGUUUGCUGACACAUAUGGGGAAAUCCCACAUGGUGUUGUAAUGUGGAGUGUGAAGAGCUCGGCUCUACAGAACAUCUGGGAGGGUUCAGGAGGUUACUGAGAUUGUUAGACUGUAGGGAUCGGUGGCAACACAUAAAUAGCUGGAAGACGCUCAGUAAUCUUGCAGUCUUUCUCUGAAUGUCCCGGAACAGGUGACCUCCACUCAACUCUUCUGCAGAAAACUUGAUCUGGCUCUGCAAACCCAAACCAGCAUGGAAAAGAUUCAAUCGCUCGGCGUUAACUGCUGGCUGCGGUGGCUCACACUGACACUGGGCCUGCUGAGUGGAGUCCUGGCCAUGCCGGUGGAUGUGGACCGCGUGUGUAUGGCGCCGUCUACAGCCAAGUACAGACUGACAUUUAUCGGCAAGUGGAGUCAGACUGCCUUCCCCAAGCAUUACCCCUUGUACAGGCCUCCUGCUCAGUGGUCCCCCAUUAUUGGAGUAACUCACAGCACAGACUAUCACAUCUGGGAAAGGAGCGAGUACGCCAGUAACGGGGUGAGAGAGUUCUCUGAGAGAGGAGAGGCUUGGACUCUGAUAAAGGAGGUGGAGGCGGCUGGGGAACGCAUCCAGAGUGUCUAUGGCCUCUUCGCAACACCACCUGUGGUUGGAGGAACCGGCCAAGCAACCACAGAAUUUGAGGUCUAUGCACGGCACUCCUUACUGUCCUUCAUUGUUCGCAUUGUGCCAAGUCCAGACUGGUUUGUUGGAGUAGACAGUCUGAACUUGUGUGAAGGAGAUCACUGGAAGGAGGACAUCAGCUUGGAUCUCUAUCCCUAUGAUGCGGGCACAGACAGUGGUUUCACCUUUUCCUCACCUAAUUUUGAGACCAUUCCUCAAGACAAGGUCACCCAGAUAACCUCAUCGUUCCCAAGCCACCCUGCAAAUUCCUUCUACUAUCCCAGACUGAAGCAUCUCCCCCCAAUUGCCAAGGUUAUCCUAACUAAGAUCAAGAACAACCAGAUCUUCAACUUACCGAUUCAACCAACACAGUCCAAUCAGAUUCCAACUGGGAAUGAAAUAGAUGAGUCUAUCAUAAAUACCCCUCUGGACUGUGAGGUGUCUGCCUGGUCACCUUGGGGCCUUUGUAAGGGUCAGUGUGGUGACAAGGGGGUUAAACACAGAACUCGAUAUAUUCAUAUGCAUCCGGCAAACAAUGGGGCUGCUUGCCCUUCCCUAGAGGAAAAAAAGCUCUGUAUCCCUGAUAACUGUGUGUGAAUAUAAAGGACAUUCAAAAUCUCCUCAUCAAAAUCCACCUAGCAGAAUCCACUGGAUAACAGACACAAAAUGAGACUUUUUAUCUGGAAAAACUGGCAUCUGUGAGGUCAUGUUGUAGUAUCGGUGAGUUAAAGCUGCAGUGUGUCAUUUUUUUGUGUCACCAAAUGAAAUGGCAUUUCCUGAACACUCCUCUCACCUUCCACUGGUUGGUCAAACAGAUAUUCCAACCUCAAACUCACGCCAUUGGUUGAGCCAAUGUUUAAGGAGUCUGGUGCUCUCUGGUGGAAAAACACACCAGUGACAUUAUCAAGCUAAAUAGUUGUUCUUGUGCAACUUUAUUGUUUCAGUGGAUGAUAUCUGUACAUUAAAUGCAUAUAUUAUGUAUAUAAAAGUUGUAAAUACAAAUAAAUAAACUUUUUUAA